UCGGAAGUCUUGCUGUCGUUGCUGGUAAUACCCUAAAACACACCUUUCUAUUUCCUUGUUCUAAGUUCAGUUUAUUAUUCCCGUGGCUUUUCAGCUGAAUUAAAUGAAAUGGCACAGAUUGUAGAUGGAAAUAAGCUUCCUCAGCGAAAAAGACGGGAGCACGGAGAGGAUAACGACGAUGCUGGCGUGAAGAGGGACAAGACGGAACCCAGCCGGUUGGAGUCCUGCUUGGAACAACCCAUGGAUUCAAGUAUCCAUGAAGUUAUCAACUAUACACCUUCACUGCUACCAGCCAAAAAUUAUGAUGCUGAUACCACCGAACCAGUCAGCUGUGGUCUUCAGACUUUAGAUGAGCUGCUGUCAUGGAAACGAAGUGAGGCAAACCCUUUUAAUGUGGCAGUAGUACCUCUGGCACCUCGGGAGCCUCCUCUGGCCAGUUGUCCACGUCGGACAUUGGUGUCUCAUGACAUGAUGGGCGGCUAUCUAGAUGACAGAUUUGUCCAGGGAACAAGCGCAGAAGCUCCUUAUGCCUUCUACCACUGGCAGUCCAUUGAUAUUUUCAACUACUUCACACACAACAUGGUGACUAUUCCUCCUGCUGUGUGGACCAAUGCUGCACAUAAACAUGGAGUUGUCGUUAUUGGGACUUUCAUCACAGAAUGGAAGGAUGGAGCCACAGCCUGUGAGGCCUUCCUGAAAGAGGAGGAGUCGUACCGGGCAGUAGCUGAUAAAUUAGUCCAGAUCAGCCACUAUUACAGCUUCGAUGGCUGGCUCAUUAACAUAGAGAACACUCUCAGUGAGGUUGCGGUGAAGAACACACCUUUGUUCCUGCGCUAUCUGACAGACCAGAUGCACGAGCGAGUCUCUGGCAGCCUGGUCCUCUGGUAUGACAGUGUUACUGAGAACGGACAGCUAAACUGGCAGAAUGAACUCAACCAGUCCAACAGGAUAUUUUUUGAUGCCUGUGAUGGUUUCUUCACUAACUACAACUGGACAGAGCAGAACCUAGAGUGGAUGAGCGACUACAGUGGGGUCCAAGGCCGCAAGGCUGACAUCUAUGUUGGGGUAGACGUGUUCGCCCGAGGCAAGGUGGUAGGAGGAAUGUUUGAAACAAACAAGGCACUGGAAAUCAUUCGGAAGCAUGACUUCUCUACAGCCAUCUUUGCUCCGGGCUGGGUGUACGAGACCCACGAUGAUAAGACUGAAUUCCGCAAGAAUCAGGACAGGUUUUGGGCUCUUCUGUCAGACUACCUGUACAUCCACCGGCCAGUCUUGCCUCUUCCCUUCAUCUCCUCCUCCUGCCAGGGCUUUGGGAAGGCUGUCUACUGGAGAGGAAAGCAUGAGAAAAACAUGAGCUGGUUCAACCUGACUGCCCAGGAAAUCCAGCCCAUGUACUACCAUAAGGAGCUGGAGGGCCAGGGCUGGCUGAGGAGCCGGGGCUGCCCAGAGGACGCCUGGAAUGGAGGCUGCUCACUUCUGCUCGAAGGCCUCAUCCCUGUUUCUCACACGUCUCCAGUUUGUGCCAAAAUCUUCUCCAUCCAUGUACCUCUGCCAUCCAAGACCCUGGUCAGCUUCAUCUGUAAGCCAUCUGCUGGGAUCACAGUCUCCCUGGAGCUGAAGACAACAGAUGCCAGUCUGGGCAUCCAGGAAGUCAAACUUACCAAUGAGUGUCCUGAGGUUUCAGAUGGGGGGGACCAGUUCUCUCAGCUGUUUGGAAACUUGGAUCCAAAUGGUUGGACUGUUAAGUGUUUGCAGUUGGAGUCGUGUGGUUGUGCUCUUAAAGAUAUUUGUGUUAGCAUCCAGCGGAAUGGAGAGCCUCAGGACACACCUUUCAGCUGCAGGAUGGGAGAGAUCAUGCUCCAGGAUGUAGCCAGUCUCCAGGUUCCGCCUGAGCUGGUCAAGGGUUUGUGCAUUUAUGAUAUAGUGUGGCUGCGUGGUGCUGGUACCUUGCCAGAGUCCACCUCUCCCUGCCUGCACCUCAACGCCACUCUGCGCUGGGACUACCAGAUCAACCUCGUACGCUACUUCAGGGUGUACUGGAGACAACUGAGAGGCCCUGAUCCCCGAAUCCCCCCGGGCCAGCUGCUUCUGGUGGGACGGGCGUAUUCUAAUCUGUUCAGGGUAACAGAGCUGGCAGUGCCAGACCCUCCUGGAUUACUGGAGCUGGUGGUGGAGCCAGUGAUCAUGAAGGGCUUCCCAGUCCCAGAGAGCCACUGGGGAAGAAGAAGCCUCAGCUACACAGACUUCACACAGUGAUUUUAGUUAAAUGUUAGCAGGCUGCUUCUUCUUGACUAAUAAACGGUGCUGCAAACAUGA